AACCCUUUCAAUCUUAUUCCUACCCCCUUAUCCACAACCACUGUGUUGUUGUUGUUGUUGUUGUUGUGUACAUUGUUCUAAACCCUCUUCUUCCAUUUCUUCUCCCUCACCUUCUUCAAUUAUCCAUGUCUAUCACAACCAUGCCUGCGUUCAAGUUCCUCACAGUGGCAGAAUCAUGCCUACUCUCUCAACCCUCACUCUUCUCCUCCAAAACCAGAUACCCAAUUCUCUCAAAUUCUCUAAAGACCCUCAAGCUUCAACUCCCAUGCUCAAAUUCUUCACCUUUUUCACCCUCCCUCCUCUCAACAACCCACCGUUCUCCUCUCCUCACAUUUGUAGCCCAGACUUCAGAUUGGGCUCAGCAAGAAGAAGAGGGUGGAGCCGCAUGGGAGAACGAGGGCGAACCCACAUGGGCAAAUGAAGAUAGUGAUGAAACUGAAGGUGGUGAAGAAGUGGUGGCAUCUGCUGAACCUUCUGAAGAUUUGAAGAUCUUUGUUGGGAACUUGCCAUGGGAUGUUGAGAGUGAGAAUUUGGCCAUGCUUUUUGAGGAAGCUGGGUCGGUGGAGUUUGCUGAGGUUAUUUAUAAUAAGGCCACUAACCAAAGUCGUGGGUUUGGAUUUGUUAUCAUGAGUACGGCUGAAGAUCUUGAGAAGGCUUUGAACAAGUUCAGUGGCUAUGAAUUGGAUGGAAGAGUGUUGACUGUUAAUAAGGCUACUCCAAAGGAAGCACGGCCUGAACGCCCGCCACGUACCUUUGGUUCUGGUUCUGGUUCCCGUGAUUCUGGUUUAAGUGUCUAUGUUGGUAACUUACCAUGGAGUGUUGAUACUGCUCGCCUGGAAGAAAUUUUCAGGGAACAUGGUAAUGUUGAGAAUGCUCGGAUAGUCAUGGACAGAGAGACGGGUCGAUCACGUGGUUUUGGCUUUGUCACAAUGUCCAGUGAAGCUGAUAUUAAUGGUGCCAUUGCUGCUCUUGAUGGUCAGAGCUUGGAUGGGAGAACAAUCAGGGUGAGUGUUGCUGAGGGAAGGUCCGGCGGGCGUAGCUCCUUUUGAGUGGUAGCUCAAGUAAUUCUCCAUGUCCACUGGUUGAGUUCCUUUUUUUGUGUGGCUGAGGAUAUAGUGCCCCUUUUUCCAUUUUAAAUUUUCCUCUUUUAGCUGCUGGUGUGACAUUAGAUUUGCAUAUUUGUUAUAUUAGUUUGGUGACCUGGUAAAAUUUAUGUAAGUUAUAAUUCCAGCUCUAGGGGUUUUGAAGAAAGUCUUCUUGAUGUUUUCCCUUUUUUUCUCACCAUUUUGUUUGCUGUUGAUGAACGAAAUAGAUAAAUUUGUCUUUUAGCAUAUAUCUUCCAUUAAA